AUGAAUGGUUUUGUUAAUAAGCAAAAUUUCCGUAUAUGGGAUGAACACAACCCACAGGAGGUUUACCAGUUGGCAAUGCAUCCACAAAGAGUUACUGUUUGGUGUGGAUUUUGGUCCGGCGGAGUCAUUGGUCCGUACUUCUUUGAAAAUGACAUUGGCGAGGCCAUCACCGUCAAUGGCGAGCGCUACAGAUCAAUGAUUAACAAAUUAUUCUGGCCUGAAUUGAACGAUAUGGACGUGGACGACAUGUGGUUCCAACAAGACGGCGCAACGUGCCACACAGCGAACGAUACAAUGGGCAUUCUGCACAAACGGUUUGAGGGUAGGGUUAUCUCUCGCAGAGGUGAUGUGAAUUGGCCGCCACGAUCGUGCGAUUUGACGCCACUAUACUUUUUAUUGUCUAUGUUAAUAAGCCGCAAUCGACCGAUGCCCCGGAUUUAUGCAGCAGAGUCAUUGAAAAUUGGACCUCUCGGAUCCGUGUCACCAUUC